UCUCUUCCUCCUCCUCCUGACUUCCUGAGCUCCUCCCCCCCUCGGUCUCUGUCGCUCGCGAGAGGGAAGCUCGUUCACGCGAGCGAGCUUCCGGGAAGGAGGAGGAGGAGGAGCUCGCGUCGGAGGCGGUGGGGGGUGGCCGUUCGCGCGGGAUCGACGGUUUCUGUGUGGGGUUUUUGUUGGGAGGUGGUUUUUUUUUGGGUGGAUUUGUGGAAGUGUUUGAGGUGGUGAGGUGCGGGUGGAGAUCCGGCGAUGGCGUCGGUGGAGGUGAGGUCGGUGAGGAAGUCGGCGGCGCUGCGGCCGAGGGGGCCGGGGAAGCUGCAGCCGGCGAGGUCGAUGCCGCUCGACUACAGGUACUCGAGUGCGGGCGGGAAGGCGGCGAACGGCGUGGGGCCACGGGCCGUUGUGGCGCCGGAGGUGGAGGAGGAGGAGGAGGAAGAGGUGGGGGUGGUGGGGUUUGAGGGGGAUGUGGACUCGCCGUACAGCUCCCAGGCGGCGACAACGGAGGAGGCGGAGGAGGAGGGGGUUGUAGGUGACGGGGAGGUGGAUUCGGCUGCUGCUGCUACUGGUGGUGCUCGGGCGACGGCGACGACGCCGCGGAGGAUGUCUCCGGCGGGAGCUGGGAGCCCCUCGCAGCGCGACGCGAGGUGGGGUGACACGAGCUCCUACGGUGCUAGAAAGAAGCACAGAGUUUUUUGUCAGCUUCCAAAUGGUGAUUGGGCCUUAUGCACUGUAAUUACAACCUCCGGUGACGAUUCUGUACUAAAGCUUCCUGAAGGAAAAGUACUGAGAUUGAAAACAGAGAGCCUUGAAGCUGCAAAUCCUGAAAUUCUAGAUGGGGUGGAUGAUCUUAUGCAGCUAAGUUAUCUAAGUGAGCCAUCAGUUCUGUACAAUUUGCAGUACAGAUACUCCCAGGACUUGAUUUAUACUAAAGCAGGUCCAGUUUUGGUGGCGGUCAAUCCUUUUAAGAAAGUUCCUCUAUAUGGUAAUGAGUACAUUAAUGCAUAUAGAAAUAAAACAAAGGAUAGCCCGCAUGUUUAUGCAAUAGCAGAUUCUGCUCUUCGUGAAAUGAAAAGAGAUGAAGUUAAUCAGUCUAUUAUUAUAAGUGGUGAGAGUGGAGCAGGAAAGACAGAAACUGCAAAGAUUGCUAUGCAGUAUUUGGCCUCUCUUGGAGGUGGGGGAGGCAUAGAAUAUGAGAUCCUACAGACUAACCCAAUACUUGAGGCUUUUGGCAAUGCAAAGACACUAAGAAAUGAUAACUCAAGUCGUUUUGGAAAGCUUAUUGAAAUCCAUUUCAGUACAACUGGAAGGAUUUGUGGUGCCAUGAUUCAAACGUUUCUACUCGAGAAGUCAAGGGUUGUACAAUCUGCAGUUGGUGAGCGCUCCUACCAUAUUUUUUACCAACUAUGUGCUGGUGCUCCUGCAUCCCUCAGAGAUAAGUUGAAUCUGAAAAAAGUGGAUGAAUACAAAUAUCUGAAGCAGAGUUGCUGCUAUUCAAUUGCUGGUGUGGAUGAUGCUCAGAUGUUCCGUACUGUGACUGAAGCUAUGAGCAUCGUCCACAUCAGUAAAGAGGACCAAGAUAAUGUUUUUGCAAUGGUUUCUGCGGUUCUAUGGCUGGGAGAUGUCUCUUUUACAGUUAUUGACAACGAAAACCAUGUUGAGAUUGUUGUAGAUGAAGCGGCAGAAAUGGUUGCAAGACUUCUUGGCUGCAGUAUUGAAGAUCUCAAUUUAGCUUUGUCAAAGAGGCACAUGAAAGUUAAUAAUGAAAAUAUUGUCCAGAAACUCACCCUUUCACAGGCAAUUGACACAAGAGAUGCACUGGCCAAAUCACUCUAUGCCAGUUUGUUUGAGUGGCUUGUUGAACAAAUUAACAAAUCUCUUUCAGUUGGCAAACGUCGAACUGGGCGAUCAAUCAGUAUUCUUGAUAUCUAUGGCUUUGAAUCAUUUGAUAGAAACAGUUUUGAACAGUUCUGUAUUAACUAUGCUAAUGAAAGGCUACAGCAACAUUUCAAUCGCCAUUUGUUUAAGCUCGAGCAAGAGGAAUACGUUGAAGAUGGCAUUGACUGGGCAAAGGUUGAAUUUGAGGACAAUCAGAACUGUUUGAAUCUCUUCGAGAAAAAGCCACUGGGGUUAUUGUCUCUGCUAGAUGAAGAAUCUACCUUUCCCAAUGCCACGGACCUUACUUUUGCAAACAAGCUUAAGCAACACCUGAACAAUAAUUCCUGCUUUCGAGGAGAAAGAGGCAAGGCCUUUGCCGUCCAUCACUAUGCAGGAGAGGUGGCUUAUGACACAUCAGGUUUUCUAGAGAAGAACAGAGAUUUGUUGCACAUGGACUCAAUUCAGCUCCUUGCCAAAUGCAAAUCCUCACUACCGCAAAUCUUUGCAUCCAAAAUACUUUCUCAAUCUGAUAAUCCAAUACCUAUUCCAUAUAGAUCUAGUGCUGCUGACUCGCAGAAGUUGAGUGUUGCGAUGAAGUUUAAGGGACAAUUGUUCCAACUUAUGCAAAGACUUGAAAGUACAACACCACACUUUAUACGUUGUAUUAAGCCAAACAAUUUGCAACUCCCUGCAAUCUACGAACAAGGACUUGUGCUUCAACAACUCAAAUGUUGUGGGGUUCUUGAGGUUGUCCGAAUUUCAAGAUCUGGGUAUCCAACUAGAAUGACUCAUCAGAAAUUCGCUCGACGGUAUGGAUUUCUUCUUCUUGAGGAUGUUGCAUCUCAAGACCCACUGAGUGUUUCAGUUGCCAUUCUUCACCAGUUCAACAUUUUACCUGAGAUGUAUCAAGUUGGGUACACAAAAUUGUUCUUUCGAACUGGCCAGAUUGGCAAACUUGAAGACACUCGGAAUCGUACUCUGCAUGGUAUUUUAAGGGUUCAAAGCUGUUUCAGAGGGCAUCAAGCUCGUCGUCAUGCAAGGGAACGAAUAAGAGGAGUUCUGGCUCUUCAAUCAUUUAUUCGAGGUGAGAAUGCUAGGAAAAUGUAUUCAUCUCUGGUGAGGAAACAUAGGGCAGCCACCGUUUUACAGAGAAGUCUAAAAUGCUGGCUGGCAAGAAGAUAUUUCAUUAACAUACGAAAGGCUUCAGUAGUAAUACAAUCUGGCAUUCGUGGUUGUCUUGUUCGAAGAUGUGCUGGCAAUGUUGAUCUAUUGAAUGUGUUAAGAGAAUUUGAAUCAAAGAAGGAGGCAGAGGGUGAUCAAAUUUUGAUCAAGGCAUCAUUCCUUGCUGAGCUACAAAGGCGAAUACUAAAGGCUGAGGCGACAGUCCGAGAAAAGGAUGAAGAGAACGAGAUGCUUCAGCAACGACUUCAGCAAUAUGAAAACCGAUGGUCAGAGUACGAGCAGAAAAUGAAAGCGAUGGAGGAAAUGUGGCAGAAGCAAAUGCGGUCACUACAAUCAAGCCUAUCCGUAGCGAAGAAGAGCCUUGCUCUUGAUGAGACACCCAGAAUGUCCGACUCAUCAGUAGACCAGAGCUGGGAGAGCAACGGGAAUCACAUUGGCAGCGCGUCGCAGCUGGUUCCGCGCACGAUUGGGCGGGAGAUGAACGCCAGCAUCAGUGUCAUCAGCCGCCUGGCUGAAGAAUUUGAGCAGCGCAGCCAAGUCUUUGCCGAUGACGCCAAGUUCUUGGUUGAGGUCAAGUCUGGACAGGCCGAUGCCAGCCUGAACCCUGACAUGGAACUCCGCAGGCUGAAGCAGAACUUCGACUCAUGGAAGAAGGAUUUCGGCUCGCGCAUAAGGGAGACGAAGGUGAUCCUCAACAAGCUGGGGAGCGGCAACGAGUCGUCGCCCAACUCCGUGAAGCGAAAAUGGUGGGGAAGGUUGAACACCUCCAAGUUUUCAUGAUCCACCACCAUAUAAUGGUGUAGAUGCCCCGGUGUUUUACAAGCUGGGGGAGUGAUUGCUAGUCCUAGAGCUUCUAUUCAGCUGAGGUGUUGGUGUAAAGUCCAGUGUUUUGGGCUGGAUCUGUGAUUUGUGGAGGGCGAGUUUGUAUAGUUCUUCCACGAGAGGCCUUCUUUCUAGGGGCCAAGAACCACCGAGUUGUGAUGUAAUUACUUGCUAAGAUAGCUGCUAAAGGGAGGAGAUCGGAGAUUAUUGUUC